AUGAAAUACUUUUACAUACAAACUUUGGUCUUAAUCUUACAUAUUAUUUUAUCAAGUGCACAAGAAGGCCCAAAUGCAUCUCCUGUUUCAGCUAUUUUUGCAUUUGGAGAUUCUGUAAUUGAUUCAGGAAAUAACAAUUUCCUUUCCUCUCUUGCAAAAUCAAACUAUUGGCCUUAUGGUGUUGACUUUAUUCAAGGUCCUACAGGAAGAUUUUGUAAUGGAAACACAGUUAUUGAUUUACUAGGAGAAAAGCUAGCCAUGCCAUAUCUUCCAGCAUUUGCAAAUCCCAUGGCGGUUGGCACAAGAAUAAUGAAUGGUGUCAACUAUGCUUCAGCAGGUGCUGGAAUUCUUGAUGCAACCGGCAGACAUUGGGGAGAUCGAUUUAGCUUAAGCCAACAAGUAUUAAACUUUGAGAGGACAUUGGAUGAUAUAAGAAGCUCAAUGGGGGCAAGAAAUAUGAGCAUAUAUCUUCAAAAAUCUAUUGCAUUUAUGUCAUUUGGGAGUAACGACUAUAUUAACAACUACCUGAUGCCUUCAUUAUAUGAUUCUAGUCUCAAAUACAAGCCUCCAGAGUUCGCCAAUUUUCUCCUCAAUCGUUAUGCACGCCAGAUUUUGGCCUUAUACAAUGUAGGAUUGCGAAAGUUUUUCAUAGCGGGAAUACCACCAAUUGGUUGCAUUCCAAAUCAGAGAGCAACAGCUCAAAGUGGAAGGUGCGCGGAUUCAGUUAAUCAGAUGUUGGGUACUUUCAAUGAAGGUCUUCGUACUCUUGUUUUGCAGCUAAAUGCCAAUCAUCCUACUGGAAUCUUUGUUUAUUUUAAUUCAUAUGCGGUUAUGGGGGAUAUUCUUAACAACCCAACAAAUUAUGGAUUUUCAGUAAUUGAUAGGGCAUGUUGUGGAUUAGGACAAAUUACAUGCUUGCCAUCUACAAUGCCAUGUCCGAAUAGAAAUGAAUAUCUAUUUUGGGAUGCCUAUCAUACAACUGAAGCGGCCAACGCCAUACUUGCUCAUCGUGCUUUCACUGGACCUUCUUCAGAUUGCUAUCCUAUCAACUUUCAGCAGUUGGCUUUCAUUUGACAUCGUAACCUAUUUUCAGGAAACCUAUCUAAUUUAAUGUUUCUUUGGACCAAAUUUGUGUUUUCUUGUAGUGCUAAGACAUUAUCUCCAAAAAUAUUAUCAAAUACUUCAUAGGACUCCAAAAUGAAACUUCCUCUUGCUAUAAUUAUGU